AUGCGAGCAAACUCUGUCGCAGAGAACGUUCUAGGUACCCUUGGGGCUGUGUGUUGGACUGCUCAACUCCUUCCGCAAGUUUGGAAAAGCUGGCGGGAAAAAUCGACGAAGGGGCUGUCGCCUUGGCUAGUAUUGCUUUGGGCGGUAUCAGCAAUCUUCCUCGGCGCAUAUGUCGUCGUUCAGAAUCUCAACAUACCGUUGAUACUUCAACCACAGCUUUUUGGAUUCCUCUGUCUAGUUUCCUGGUCCCAAUGUUUGCAUUAUGGCCGGAACCUCUCAACGAGGAAGGUUGCUCCUGUUUUCAUUGCCGCAAUAGGGAUCGCGGGGGGGCUUCAAGCAGGUUUGGUAUUUGCAGUCAUGCCAUCAUACGAUAAGGGAGAGAGCAGACCCGUCGCUGCCUUGGGCAUACUCAGUUCCGUGCUCCUUUCCCUCGCACUUUUCCCUCAAUACUAUGAAAUAUACAAGCACAAAGAAGUCGUCGGAAUAUCCAUCCCGUUCAUAUUUAUAGACAUGAUGGGCGGAGUCUUCUCCGACCUGUCUCUACUAUUCAAGGAGAAGUUCGAUGUUAUCGCUGGUGUUGCCUAUUCGCUCGUUAUAGCGUUGGACGCCGUGGUACUCCUCCUGGCGCUAAUACUGAAUCCACGAGCUCGACGUGCUCGCCGGCUAGCAGCCAUAUCAAACCCCCAAAUGGACAAUGUUGCGACUCCGGGCGUACCAUCGAGGCGUCCCAGCUCAAUUCAAGGGGGAUAG